AGUUAUACUGGGUACCAACUCCGUUUGUGGAAGUCUAACCUCAGCAUUAAAAAAACCCUCCCCCCAGCAAAAGGUGAGGCUCGGUGUACUAUGUCUUUUUUCCAGUCUUAACAUAACUCAUUUACGAUCUACAAUUAAAGAUUUAUAGAGCCUCAGUAUAUAUAGUAUAUAGGCAAUAAAGAUGUUAAGAAGGCCCGCUACAUCAAUAAAGCUAACUCCUGAGGAUGUUUUGGAAUACGAUGAUUAUUUAUCUUUACAGCAGCAACAUAUGAAUGAAAGAAUUCAGCAACAACAACAAAUACAACAACAACAUCAACAACAUCUUGCUAAUUCUUCAAAUUUACAAGAACAACAUGAUAAUUCAGGUAUAGAUAUAGAUGUGCGGAAUUCACGAAUUGGAGUUAAAAGAGAGAAUUGA